CAUCCCCCUUGAAGAUGGAGAUGCAGAGGAGGCAGGCUUUUCUGACCUAUACCAGCCACACUGGCUCCCUCUCCACAAAGUCCAGGUGGCCUGAGGGCAAGAUUGUGUUGAUUUUACAGACAGGGCUUCCGGCUCUCCAUUCUCGCCCUUGGAUUGGCCAUCAAGCAUUCUUCUGCUCACUGGGCCUGCGCGAAACGGAGAGACAAGGCGGGGCCCCGGGUAAGAUGGCGGCUACUGCCGCCGGUGUGGGCCGCCUCGAGGAGGAGGCGCUGCGGCGGAAAGAACGGCUGAAGGCCCUCCGGGAGAAAACCGGGCGCAAGGACAGGGACGAUGGGGAGCCACAGACCAAGCAGCUCCGAGAAGAGGAAGAAGAAGAUGGGAAGCACAGGGGUCUCAGGCUUCGCAACUAUGUCCCGGAGGAUGAGGACCUGAAGAGGAGGAGGGUCCCCCAGGCCAAACCAGUUGCAGUGGAAGAGAAGGUGAAGGAGCAACUAGAGGCUGCCAAGCCAGAGCCUGUCAUUGAGGAAGUGGAUCUGGCUAACCUGGCACCCCGGAAACCUGAUUGGGAUCUCAAGAGAGAUGUGGCCAAGAAGCUGGAGAAGCUAGAAAAGCGGACCCAGAGAGCCAUCGCAGAGCUGAUCCGUGAACGCCUCAAAGGUCAAGAAGACAGCCUGGCUUCUGCAGUGGACGCCACCACUGGACAAGAGGCCUGUGACUCUGACUGAGGUGUUCUCCAUGUCCCAUCUGCCCAGCACCCAUGUCCUGCGGGAAGAUGGUCUUAGCCAGGGGUGGGUUUAGGCUGGCCAGCACUUCUGGGUCUCAAGAACUAAGCUAGCCCAGUCAAGUCUCAACCUCUUUGAGAUGAGGCCAGCUCGUCCCCAGGGCAUCCACCACUGUGAGUGUUUCAGAGCUAAGGUCUGUACAUAUGUGUGUAUAUUGAACUUUUUUUUUUUAACUUCUGGAAAUAGAGACAAGUAAACUCCCA